AUGAAAAGUGUUUUCAAAUCUAAAGAAAAACGUGAUGCUGCAUCAUCACAUAUAGAGUUCAUUCCCAACGAAGCUACAUCAGAUGAUUAUGAUACAGAUCAUUCAUUUCAUCAUGCAUGUAAUGAAUUGAUCACCUGGACCCCAGAAGAAGAAAAAAAAGUGGUUUUUAAAAUUGAUUGCUACCUUCUCAUCACUAUAUUCUGGAUGUAUCUUCUUUCAUACAUGGAUCGUACAAAUGUUGGAAAUGCUUAUGCUGCUGGUAUGAAAGAUGACUUGAAGAUGGACUCCUCUCAAUAUUCUAUUGCCCUUGUUGUCUUCUUUGUUUUUUAUGUGAUAUUUGAAAUCCCUGCUAGUUACCUUUUAAUAAAGAUUGGUCCUAAAUUAUUUCUCCCAACUAUUAUGUUACUUUGGGGAGUCAUAAGUUGCUGUUAUUCUGCCGUACAAAAUAAUGGACAAGUAGUGGCUCUUAGAUGCUUAGUGGGACUCUUUGAAGCUGGUUUUGCACCUGGAAUAUUGUUAAUUCUUUCGUCCUGGUACAAAAAGGCAGAACAGUCAAAACGUUUUGCCGCUUACAUAUCUGCAGCUAUUCUUUCCGGGGCAUUUGGAGGUAUCAUCGCUGGUUUAAUCACUGAAUAUUUAGAAGAUGCCAAAGGUAUUGCUGGCUGGAGAUGGUUAUUUAUAAUUGAAGGAUCCGGCACUAUUUUUAUAUCUCUCAUUGCUUUUUUCACUUUACUUCCUUUACCACAGCAUAUGAAACCAGGUAAAAGAUUCAGCGAACGCGAAAUUCAAAUUGCACUUGAAAGACUUCGAAAAGACAAUGUGGUUAACGAUGAUGGAGAUAAUGUUUCUGCAUGGCAGGCAAUUUGGCUGAAUUGCAAGUCUCUAAGGGUCCUUCUUUUGAUUGUCGGGUACAUGGUAAUUGUCGGUUCUUCAACAUUGUCUUACUUUUAUCCUACCUUGAAUGAAGGUUUAGGUUAUACUGGGUUUAUGAUACAAUAUAUGACCAUUCCAAUAUAUGGUUCAGCAUUUGUUUUAAACUUAUUUGUUUCGUUUUUUAGUGACCGAUUUAUACAAUGGAGAGGACUAUACUUGACUAUCUUGCUUUUGGCGGCAGGAAUUUUCUCAAUCGUUGUCGUCACUCAUCAUGAGUAUAAAACGAGAUAUGCUAUGCUUUGUCUAAUGGCUUCUGCUCUUUGGGCUGCAAAUGCUUUGGCCCUUUCCUAUGCUGCUACGACCUUGUCUGACAAAGACUCCAAGACUAGAUCAGUAGGGCUCUCAUUAAUCAACGCUAUAGGGAAUUUGGCCCAAAUAUAUGGGUCUUAUUUAUUCCCUUCGAAAGAUUCACCAAAAUACACGAUGGGAUUUGGGGUAAUUACAGGAAUGUGCUUUCUUGGUGGAAUCACUUACGGUUUACUCGCAGUCAUUAACUAUUUGAAAAUAAAAAAACAAAAAAGCACAAGUUUUCAAGAAACUGCCUCCGAACCUGAUAUUGUGAAAUGA